GCUAUGAGGAAGUUCACUGACCCAAAACGUACCGCGACGUACAAAGAGAAGAGCGCCGUGGGAAAGUAUGCUAAGUCCGGGAAGACGUAUAACCCAGAGGAGCACAAGGAGAUUGUGUCCAACAAUGAAUUUCGGGAGUACAUAGAGGCAAUCGGAUUUGACUGCCUGCUCAAGCACAGCACCUUCGAGGUUCCGAUCGCCUUGGCACGAGAAUUCUUUUUGACCUUCCGGUUUAAAUCCACCACUGACUUGGAUGCUGACUCCAUUAACUUUCGCCUCUUCAAUGAAGAACACGUGAUGAGCAUCAGAGAGUGGACUCUCCGGAUGGGUUUGUUGACACGUACACAGGACGGCGAAGGUUUAUGGAAUGAGAGAAUGGUAGGACCGCCUAAGUCCACACCCGGUUUCAAGUCACAGAGUGCUUGGGAGUUUGUUACCCACCCAAGGGUGGGUCAGUUUAAGACCAGCUUUUUGAAAGCCCACCACAUCGAGAACAGAAUCCUGUGAUUUGCCCAGACAUUUGUUAGCUAUAAUCUGAUGGGCACUGCCAACAACGCCUUGACAACCACCGACCUUUAUUUUACUUAGUGUAUGGCCAAGGGGGUCCGUGUUCAUCUAGGCUAUUGACUUGCCCAGGCUUGCCACCAGGUAACUGCCAACCCUUCCAGGCAUUUAUACACAUGUCAUCUCCUAGGGGCUUAUUUGCAGCGCAACGUGAUCUUGAAAGUCCAUAAAGCCUGCCGAGGAGUGGAGAUGUGCCUACCCCCGGAAGUUUUCAAUAUGGAUUAUUUCUUCAACAAGGGGCUCCUAUAUACGCAUGGAAAGGAGGUAUGUUUUUACGAGGUUGGCGGGUCAGAAGUUCCGGUGAAGCAGGAAACGACGAGUGUGGAGGCAGGUGCUAAGAUCGGAGUUGAAAAAAUGAGACAGGAGGUGGGAUGGAUGCGAUCUGAAAUUAAGAUGGUUCUGGAGGGGAUUGUGACCCUACGGGGUAAUAAAAAGGACAGUGUCGAGGUAGAGAAAAUAAGGAAGGAGGUAACUGAAGUCAGAAUGGAAGUCGGGCGAGUCAGGGAGGAAAUCGUGGCCCUCAAGGGGUGCAUUAAUGAUCUUGUGGCCACAUCGUCUAAGCACACUGAGAGGAUAGCGGAGGGCGUCUCGCUAAUGAUGAUGAUGGCAAAGUGGUUUCGUGAGAGAUUCCCUGAUGCACCAAAGUCACUUUCUGGACCUGGCAGCGGUUCCAAAUCACCGGGUCCAAGAAGUGUAGCUAUUCCGAAACCCCCACAGGCAUCGAAGCCCUUGACUACCCCAUCCUCCACUAGACCGUUGAUCGUGAAGAAGACAGUCCCCAGACCGAGUGAGACAGAGAAGGAGACGCCGGAAUCUCCGGCAAAGAAGAAAGCCAAGGUGACCCAACCGUCCGCCCCGCCCAAGUCUGGCUCCCGCGGGGGCCAGACCCCUAAUUGAUUCCCCCCCCAAACCAAGUGUAUAGAAGAAAUUCGCCAGGUCCAGGAAAAUAAGGAGGCA